AUGGCGAGAACGGAAGUGCAUCUUCUUGGGUUUGCCGCUGCUGUGGCCUCGUUGGCUCUCCAAUGCCGAUGCCGUUCCUUUGAGAUGAAGCAGCAGGUCACAAACCUCCACUUCUUCUUCCACUACAUCGCUGGCGGCGACAUCCCGACCGUCGUCCACGUCGCCGCUCCCAAAAACCUCAGCAGCCUGGUCAAGGAGCCGUCGUUCGGGACCGUCUACGCCAUCGAUGACCCUCUCACGGAGGGCCCCGAGGCGGACUCCACGGCCGUUGGGAGCGCGCAGGGCUUCUACAUCUCGUCGGGGCAGGACGCGCCGUUGCUGGUUUUUGCGACGGACGUCGGCUUCGCUCCUUCAGCGUGUUCUCGAGGAAGCCGGUGA